UACAUAAAUAGGGAGUCAUGACUGAGGUAUUAUGUUCAUACCGUGAUCAUAGACUCCGUAUGCCGUUCCUCUACGGAGCGGAAGAAUAUGAUCGUAAGAGGGCACCAAGGAUCAGAUAGGGGACAAGUCUCCAACAUGUGUCCUCAACGGGGUAACACCCGCACUAUUCCAUCUGCGAACCAACAAUCUCACCGAACCUGCGAAGUCAAAGAGGUCACAUUGACAACUUCGAAACCUGCACAAUCUCUCUCAAAAUGUAACCAAAUCGCACAGAUCUUGUGUGAGGGUAAGGCGAAUAACCAUACUGAAGAAGAGGAUCACCCCUUCAUGCAUAUGAUAUCAUAUAAUCAGGCCUAGUAGCAAACCAGGUUUCUGCAGGCGUAGUGUAACCAUCUCACCGGUAUCCCAGCACCUGGCUAUUAUUUGCUC